AAACGAAAUCAUUGAAAUCAUAAACUGUGUUAUUGGAGAUAUCGAUCAGUCAACACUGGAAAAAAUUAAUGAAACAAUAGCCUUACCUAUUGAUCAACUUAUUGCACCAAGUAUAAAUCGAAGAGGACGUCAAAUUCCAAGACCCCAAAAUACAAGCAUAAACUGGUCAAAAGAAAGUAAUGAGGUUAAACAACUUUACGAACUAUUAGCAGAUUACGCAAAACAAGUCCAUAAUUUAUUGUAUCCUGAUUACAGUUAUAAGCCAAAGC